AUGGAAGGGUCAGAGGUGAUGAGCCUGCGGAGAGGGUCUACAGGAUUGAUGGAGGACCUGGAGAGGUGGCGGGGGCUACAGAGUUUGGGGGACAUCAGAGGGACGUCUGCAGAGGUGAUGAGAGGUCUUAGAGACUACAUGCACGAAGGCAGCCCUCUGGGUGAACUCCAUCGCUGUAUCCGCGAGGGGGUGAAGGUGAAUGUUCACAUCCGCACUUUCAAGGGACUUCGGGGCGUCUGUACAGGCUUCCUUGUUGCAUUUGACAAGUUCUGGAAUAUGGCACUUACUGAUGUGGACGAGACCUACCGAAAACCUGUCCUAGGCAAAGCAUAUGAACGGGAUUCUUCACUGACUCUCACUAGGCUAUUUGAUCGACUGAAACUUCAAGAUUCCUCCAAGAAGGAAGCAGAUUCUAAGUCUGCAGUUGAAGAUUCCACUCUGUCUAGAUACUCACAGACAUCCACUUGGAAGUUGGCUUCAGUGUGGGGAAGAGGAGACACUGACCGGGGCUCACACAAGCGUUCCCGCUCUGUCCCUUCUUCCCUGCAGGCCUCUGCAAGGGAGGAGUCCAGGUCAGAGCUGUCAGGGAGGACUACACGGACCGAAGGCUCCAGUGUGGGAGGUACCUUUUCCAGGGCUACCACCCUUUCCAGAGGCCAGUCCCGUAAGAAAAAGCGAAAGCCCAAAGUGGAUUACCAGCAGGUAUUCACUCGACACAUAAAUCAGAUUUUCAUUCGAGGCGAGAAUGUCCUGCUGGUUCAUCUUGCACAGUGACCAGCUCAGCCUGGGCUUUGGUUUUUAGAAAUAAAAUGCAUGAAUUGCUGCUA